AUGCCGCCCAUCACAUUCGCCGCCCCACUGGCGCUAUCACAACCCUCAUUGCUGCCGCGCACAUUCACACGCUCCAUCAAGACGCUCAACCCGAAAAUCAAGCCCAGUCGCUUCAAUGCCGGUUUCGAUCUGCCCGUGCUGGGCUCCUCGAAAACCGCCGCCCUCGAGCGCAAGUCCUACACCCUACCGCCACGCACCGGCGCCCUUGCUAUCAAGAAGGGCAUGACCGCCCUCUACGACCCCGAGACCGCAAAGCGCACCCCCUGCACAGUCCUCCAACUCGAUCGCGUCCAAGUCGUUUCCCACAAGACUCGCCAAAAGCACGGCUACUGGGCCGUCCAAAUCGGCGCCGGCAUCAAGGAACCCAGGAAUGUGACGCGGCCUGAGCGAGGGCACUUUGCUGCCAACAAGGUCGGUCUCAGCCGCCACUUGCACGAGUUCCGCGUCAAGGAUGAGGCGGGCUUGCCUCAGGUUGGCUCGGUCAUUGGCGCAGAUUGGUUCCAGGAGGGUCAGUUCAUCGACGCAAAGGCGAAUUGCAGGGGUAUGGGUUUCGAGGGUGGUAUGAAGAGAUGGGGAUUCCGCGGUCAACCUGCCAGUCACGGUAACUCGUUGGCUCACAGAAUCAUGGGUAGUUCGGGUGCCUCGCAGGGUAGUGGUAGCAGAGUCUUGCCCGGCAAGAAGAUGCCUGGAAACAUGGGUGGCCAGCAGGUCACUGUCCAGAACCUACGCGUUCUCAAGGUUGACGCUGCCAACGGAAUUGUCGUCGUCAAUGGAUGCGUUGCUGGACCCAAGGGAGCUCUUGUCAAGAUUCAAGAUGCUCUGAAGAAGCCGUGGCCUGAGCUUCCCACCUCUCCAGCUGCAGACGCGGCUGCUGAGCCCUCGGCGACCGCCUAA